ACCUUUAAGCUCUCCCACUGGAGUGGUUGCCAUAGGAACGAGGAAAGCCGAUCUGAGGAUUACAGUCGAAGCAGUUUGGUUUCCACAGUCUAGGUUAAUAAACAGCAUUUGAAAAUAACAAAACCGUCAUGUCCUCUGUUCCCCAGGACCUGAAAGACACUUCAGUGGCCAGCUCCAAAUGGCUUGAUGCCCACUAUGACCCAGUCGCCAAUCUAUACACCUUUUCCUCUUGCAUCGCUCUUUCAGAUUUGCAUGGAGAUGGUGAGAAUAAGCUGGUGGUGGGUGAUCUUGGCACGGGAGUGUGUAACAUGAAGCUAAAGGUGUACCGUGGCACUGGUCUGUUGAGUGAGAGCACCUUGCUGGACUUGCCCACUGGCCUGGUCUCCUUCCUCAUGGACCUGCAUGAGCCACGAACACCAGCCAUCGCUGUGGCCUCUGGUCCCUUCAUCUACGUCUACAAGAACCUGAGGCCCUACUUCAAGUUCACGCUGCCUAGUCUGGAGGUGAACCCUCUGGAACAGGACGUCUGGAGUCAGGCCAGGGAGGACAUGAUUGAUCCAAUGACACUCAAAGAGAUGUUAGAAGGAUUAAGGGACAAAGCUGAAAUUCCACUCUCUGUCAGAUCACUACGAUUCCUCAUGCUCGAGCCACAGGAAAUGGAGAAUUUUGUUCAUCUUCACAAAGACCAGCCUAUACGUAGACAGACGGUCAUUACAUGUAUAGGGACGUUGAAGAAGAACAUGGCAGAUGAGGAUGCAGUUAGCUGCCUAGUGAUUGGCACAGAGAACGGUGAUGUUUACAUAUUGGAUCCGGAAGCCUUUACCAUUCUCUGUAAGAUGUCACUGCCUAGUACAGCCACCCUGAUGGACGUGACGGGUCAGUUUGAUGUGGAAUUCCGUAUCACUGUGGCCUGUCGCAACGGCAACAUCUACAUACUACGCAGAGAUUCCCCAAAGCCCAAGUACUGCAUUGAGCUGUCCUCUCACCCAGUGGGACUGGUGAGGAUGGGAAAGAAUGUAGUUGUAGGAUGUACUGAUGAGACGCUGCAGGGUUACACUCAAAAGGGGAAAAAGCUGUGGACGGCUUAUUUGCCAGCCCCCGUUACCACCAUGGCACUGAUGGACCUCCCCACACGAGGAUUCCAGGCUGUACUGGUGGGUCUGGCCAACUGUGAAGUACACAUGUACAGAGACAAAAAUCUGGUCGGCACCAUCAAAACACCAGACGUAGUGACAAGCAUUUGUUUCGGGCGCUACGGACGGGAAGACGGCACUCUGAUAAUGACCACCAAAGGAGGAGGUUUGAUUGUAAAGAUCCUCAAGAGGACGGCUGUGUUUGAUGACAGGGACUCGGCCCCUGGACCCCCAAUAGCCCAGAGCAUCCGCCUGAACGUGCCCAAGAAGACCAAGCUCUAUGUGGACCAGACUUUGAGAGAGCGUGAAAAUGCAGUUGCCAUGCACCGAGCUUUUCAGAUGGAUCUAAGCAGACUGCGUCUAGCUGCAGCACGCGCUUAUGUCAAAGCCCUGGAGUCCAGCCUUGCACCCAUGUCAGCAAGCCUGACCGAGCCACUCAAGAUGAACGCUGUGGUUCAAGGGCUGGGCCCAUCUUUCAAGCUCACUCUGAACAUCCAGAACACUGCAGUGUCUCGUCCAGUCAUGAACCUAGCUAUCAGUUUUCUGUAUGAUGAAAGUUUGUACAGCAUGAGGACAGCCUUCUUCAAGAUUCCCCUACUGGUUCCAGGACUGAAUUACCCCAUUGACACUUUUGUGGAGUGCUUGAGUGACAAAGGCAUCUCUGACAUCAUCAAAGUGUUUGUGCUGAGAGAAGGAAAGAGUGCUCCUCUCCUCACCGCCCACAUCAACAUGCCUGUGAGUGAAGGACUUGCACUGAACUGAGAGCGAGUCGUGUCAUCUAGCUGAGCUUCACAGGCGUCGUCAACUCUUGCUGUGCUCCUAGCAGCAGUUAGCAGCAAGGCUUCUCCAGGAAGCUGCCUGAAACGUCACAGGAGUAAAGAGAAGCUUGUGCUGGCCAUAAAGCCGGUGCUUCCUGUAGCUUAGAUCUGGAUCGAGGGAGGCGCGUCCUCACAGGCAAUACCUCUGUACCUUUUAAUGGCUAGUGACUGGAGCCUUUGAUUGACAGCUGUGAGGCCAAGUGCUCCACAGGUCAUUUAGUUUGGAUUCAAGAGAUGUUCUGAUGUUUAUUUGUGGUAGUCAUGUAUAUUUGUAUGUAAAAUAAUAUUUGUUAUUCCUGAUGUAAUGAUCACACACUUUAUUAAUCCAAUAUGAGACUUUAUUGACUCACUUUUGUUGUAAUAUAGUGAUUCAGUACAUAAUCAGCAUUCUGGUUUACGGGGGUAAUCUUACAAGACUGUUCAAGACAGUGUGGUAAGAAAAAAUGGUUUACUACGUUUAAAGCACACACAUGAGGGGGCACAAGGGUGAAAGUUCACAGGCAAGAAUCUUAUAUAAAGGGCAACCAGAGCUGUAGACGACUGACCCUUCACUAAGGCAGUUGCUGCUCGCCAUAUCAGACAAGCUUUUGCUCAUCAUCUGUUUAGAUGAUUUCUGUAAAAUAAUGCUUAAAAUUAACUGGGUUUACAAGUAAUAUAAUGGUGACAAUACAGUACCAAAAGAGGAUACAGACAAUAUUUUUCCCAAUUUUUCAAAACGUUGAGAAAAAAGUGAGGCUUAGAGAAAGGUCAAUUCAUUCUCUCCCUCUAUACAGUGCAACAGCGCCAUCCACUUUUUUCCCCAUUCAUUUCUCCCAUAGGGAUUUAAAAAAGGUUUUUAUUGAAGAGUUAUAAGCCAUGAACCAAGCCAACCAGCCACGAGGUGAAUCAAAACAUUUCAAACUUUGAUUUGAAGCAACAAAUUAGUUGAAAAUUGGACAAAAGUACAAAACUGUAUUUGACAGCUUUAGUGAUGGAUAGAACUACAAUCCCAUGAAGCAUUGCAAACAGCAUAAUCAAUUAAAAAACGUUGUGUAUUGCAAAAUAUGCACAAAUAUACAAAUAUUUAAGUAUUUUGAAGUGUAGGGAGGCCAACUCGAUUAGGUCAUUUACGCUGGUUUCAACUCUGAUUGGUGGAAUUUUCUGUACAGCAUCAUGGGUAAUGUAGUUUUUCAUAACAAAUUCAGCUGUUAAACAAGAUUAUUUUAAAACUAAGUUGAAAUAAUGCUAAAAUUCUAUUGAUUAACAACCUCAGAGAUCACAGUAGGGCUGUCUUUAAAGGUUUAUCGUUAAAAAUCAAUUUCCCUAUGAAGAAAACUAAUGGAGUUUUUACUUCCGGAAACCUGACUGUUGCACUCUAUUUCACAGUUAUACUCUAAACUUUCUACUCAAACUAGUCAACUUCUUUUACAUAAGUUCAAACUUUCUUUGGCUCAGAUAUUUUUUAUGUUUUGCCUAAAUAUUUCUUGCAAACGUUUUUGUACACUACCAUUCAAAUGUUUGGGGUCAGUAAGUUGUUUUUGAAAAAAGUCACCAAGGCUUCAAUUAUUUGAUCAAAAAUA